GCUACAGCGGCCGCACCCACCGGUGGUGCCGCUUGUUGGGGCCGAAUCUGCUCAUUUUGGGGGGUUUCUGUGUUAGACGGAACUUCCUGAAUCCCCUCCCUUCCCCCAAACCAGGGGGCUGCGGGUCAGGGGCGGCAAUGUCAACCCAGCGAUGGAGAAGGACCCCGAUCACUACCAGGAGGCCAUGGGCAAUGGGGUGGCAGCAGACGGACUGGUGGCGGGAGCUGGUGACAUGCCUGGCCUGGAUGUGGGGGAGGUGCAGCUGGACGACUUUGUGGGCGCCAACCCCGACUAUAACGAGGAGGAGGAGGAGCGCAAGUACUUCCGCCGCAAGCGCCUCGCCGUCGUCAAAAACGUGCUGGCCGCCAGCCUGGGCGGGAUGCUGACCUAUGGCGUCUACCUGGGCCUACUGCAGAUGCAGCUGAUCCUGCACUAUGACGAGACGUACCGGGAGGUGAAAUACAGCAACAUGGGGCUGCAGGACAUCGACAGCAAGAUGCUGAUGGGCAUCAACGUCACCCCCAUCGUGGCUCUGCUCUACACGCCCGUCCUCAUCAGGUUCUUCGGCACCAAGUGGACCAUGUUUCUGGCCGUGGGGAUCUACGCCCUCUUCGUCUCCACCAACUACUGGGAGCGCUACUACACGCUGGUGCCCUCGGCCGUGGCCAUCGGUGUGGCCAUUGUGCCCCUCUGGGCCUCCAUGGGCAACUACGUCACCCGGAUGGCGCAGAAGUACUACGAGUACGUGAACUACAAGGAGGAGCAUGUGCUGGAGCAGGAGCGAGCCCCACGUGGUGCCUACAACACCUACAUCAUCGUCUUCCAGAGCCUCUUCUACGGCUGCUUCCACCUGAGCUUCGUCUGCGCCCAGAUGCCCAUGCUUUUCUUCCUGAAUUCCUACCUGUACGACCUGAACCACACGCUCUGCAAUGUGAAGAACUGCGGGACACUGAGCAAAGGCAUGCUCCCCGGCUUCAACGCCACCGUGCUGCAGAGCCUGCCACGCAGCAUCAACCUCAUCAUCGUCGAGAGCGUGCUCAUGGGUGCAGCCUUCCUCUCUAUGCUCAUGGUGCUGAUCCUGUGCGGCUCAGCCUAUCGCCCCACGGAGGAAAUCGACCUGCGCAGCAUCGGCUGGGGCAACAUCUUCCAGCUGCCCUUCAAGCACAUGCGGGACUAUCGCCUGCGCCACCUCUUCCCCUUCUUCAUCUACAGCGGCUUCGAGGUGCUCUUCGUCUGCACCGGCUUCUCCCUGAAUUACGCUGUCUGCGCCAUUGGCCUGGAGAAGCUGGCCUACAUCAUCAUGGCCUACGGCUUCUCAGCUGCGGCCUGCUCCAGCCUGGCGCUGUCCAUGCUGCGCCUGCCCCGCCAGGCCCCGCUGCUGGCCGGAGCUGCCGUCCAUGCCAUCCUGCUCAUCGGCCUGUUCUGCUGGGCGCCCAAGCCGCGUGGCCCAGGCCAGGCCCCCCUGCUCUACCUGGUGGCUGUGCUCUGGGGGCUGGGCAGCGCCCUGAACAAGACCAGCCUCAGCACACUCCUGGGGAUGCUGUACCAAGACAAGGAGCGCCAGGACUUCGUCUUCACCAUCUACCACUGGUGGCAGGCGCUGGCCAUCUUCGUGGUGUACCUGUGGUCGGGGCUGCCCAUGAAGGCCAAGCUGUCCAUCAUGCUGCUGACGCUGGUGGCCUCGGUGCUCUCCUACCUGUGGAUGGAGCACAAGCUGGCACGGCACGUGCUCUUCCGCGUGCCCAAGAUCCCCAAGCCGCGGCACAAGGUGCGGGGCUACCGCUACCUGGAGGCUGAGAACUCGGACGAAACGGGCUCGGAGGGGGAGUCUGAGCAGGACAGCGACGGCUCCCAGGAGGAGCGGGCAGGGCGUGGCGGGCAGCGGCACCAGCAGAAGUGUGCUUACGAGCAGGCCCUGGGGGAGGAGGAUGGAGAGAACGUGGGCUAGGGGGCCGCCCAUGCCCGCCACCAUCACCAACUCACUGCAGCUUCCCCCCUGUUUUGCCCACGGGCAGUGGUGCUGGAUUGUCCCCACCGCCCUGUGCCAGCUGGGCCUGGCAGCAUCCCCCACCCUCUUCCAGGCCUGGUGGGAGGGGACUGGAGGCAGAGAGAGGACCCCACACACCACGGUGACCCGGUGACUGCUCCAGAUGGCACUGGAGCCCUGUUCUGCCGGGACUCCCAGCCCACUCCACAGAGCAGGUUUGCUAUGGGGCUGUUUAGCAUCAGCCCCUCUGGACUGCUCCCAGAGCACCCCCUGCACUGGUCGAGGUCUCCAGGGGCCUUUGUGCUGUUGGAGCUGGUCAGGAAUCGGGCCCAGUCUCCUGGAGUAGGCACCGACUCGUGUCCGCUCUGGACUGUGCAUGGUGCUGUCCGUAACGGGCCGGGCCCAGCCCUGGGCAGUGCGUGGAGAGGCUGGUGCACUGUGGAGUAGUACUGUGUUAUCAUGCUGGAUACUCUGGGGCUUGGGAUCUGCCCUCUGCCAAACGUGGAGUGGCUGGCCCCGAUCGUUGCCCUUUGUGCUUGGGCACCAGGGCUGUUCCCAUCUGAAAAGGGCAGCAGUCGCUUUUCCCAGCACAGAUGGGGCCCACAUCUGUCUGCUCCUGGCAAAGCAAGGGAGGGGCAUGGAGAGCCCUCUGCCAGUGCCCCCUUCCAGGAGGGGAAGGCCCAGCCCCACACUCAGCAGCCCACUGAGGUCUGGCACCUGUAUAAGCGGGGAAGCCCAUGAGGCCAGGUGCUGUAAAUCCCUGCCCUGCAGUAGAGGAGCUCUGAUUCCUGCUGCUAGAGCUGCUCUUCCCCGUCCCUGCCCCAUCAGCCCCAGCAAGAAGCAGAGCAUAUCGUGUCUGCAGGCUGAGUUCUGGGUACUGGACACUGCCCCCGACAUCUCCCGUGUCCUACUCUGCUUUGUAAAGGCCCUUUCCCAAUAAAGAUCCUCUCUCUGA